GCGGAUCUCGACCGCAGCACGCGUGCGCGAACUACAACCGAGAUGCCGCGAAACGUGCGUACACAGCGAUGCGUCAACUGAAAAAAAAUACCGCGAAAUUUUAACUUUUUUCUUUUUCUUCAACUCUAGUGAACUGUGUUGCCAGUGCUUGUGUGCUCUUAUUUCUUCUUGGGACCACGUUCAGGAAUGCAUUCUAUGCGAUGCGUGUAUAAAAUCAAUUGACUCGUCGUAAAAUAUGAAAAGGACCCAGAAACGAUAGCAACAUGUGCAGCAAGGAUCAGAUCAAUCACAUUCUCGGGAAGAUCAAUGUGGGGCUACCGUCGUGGUCCCGCGGUCUGGAGGCGGCGGAGGCGGCGCGCGCGCGCCUCGUGCGCUGGGCGUGCGGGGAGCCCCCCGCGGAGCCCGAGCCGCCCCGCAAGAAGAUGCCGCAUGCGCUCCGGCGCCGGUGGCCGCUCUGCCCUUGCUUGCAGAAUGACGAGCCCCCCGAAAUCACGUACUGCGUGGUGGGGGGCGAGGGGGGGCUGGCCUUACAGGCCGUCACCCCCACCCACCCCAUGCCGCCCCAGGACGAGUUGGACGCCAAGUUCGCGGAGUUGGUGGAAGAGUUGGACCUGACAGCAGUAAACAAGGCAGCCAUGAUGGAGCUGCCAGCGGCGAAGAAGUGGCAGAUAUACUGCAGCAGACGACCGCCGCCAGGGCAGGCGCCGCCUCUCGCCACGGCACCCCAGGUCGAGGAGUACAUCAAGGCCCUCAACGAGAUUGCUGACGCAUUUGCAUCUUCAGAAGGCAUCCCACCAGUAGAAGCGAGCGCCCUGGUCGAUGGUCUGAAGACUGCGCUGCGGACGCGGGCCCACAGCUUCGUGCUGCGGUUCAUCAAGCAAGGAGGCUUGGGCUCCAUACUGGACGCCCUGCAGAGGGCGCCACGGGAUGACGCUAUCACCAGGCACAACCUCAUCGCUGCCAUCAAAGCGCUUAUGAACAAUUCUACUGGAAGAGCGCACGUCCUAGCCCACCCAACGAGCAUCGAUCUGAUCGCACAGUCGCUCGACACCGAGAAUGUCAAGACCAAAGUGGCCGCUCUCGAGAUACUGGGCGCGGUGUGUCUGGUGCCUGGAGGACACAAGAAGGUGCUAGAAGCAAUGGUGCACUUCCAAAAAUACGCUGGCGAGCGCGCUCGCUUCCAAAGCGUGGUGAACGAACUGGACCGCAGUACGGGCGCAUACCGCGACGACCUGGGCGUGAAGACCGCCAUCAUGUCCUUCGUCAACGCCGUCCUCAACUACGGCCCGGGAGAGGAAAGUCUGGAGUUCAGGCUCCAUCUGAGAUACGAGCUUCUCAUGUUGGGAAUACAACCAGUAAUAGAAAAGCUUCGCAAAUACGAAAACGAGACACUCGACCGCCACAUCGAGUUCUUCGACAUGGUCCGCAACGAGGACGAGCGCGAGCUGGCGCGGCGCUUCGACAAGGAGCACGUCGACACCAAGAGCGCCGCCGCCAUGUUCGAGCUGCUGCGCCGCAAGCUGAGCCACACGCACGCCUACCCGCACCUGCUGUCCAUCCUGCAGCACCUGCUGCUGCUGCCGCGUGAGUACCCUGUAGGCGGACACAAGGAGCACGUCGACACCAAGAGCGCCGCCGCCAUGUUCGAGCUGCUGCGCCGCAAGCUCAGCCACACGCACGCCUACCCGCACCUGCUGUCCAUCCUGCAGCACCUGCUGCUGCUGCCGCGUGAGUACCCUGUAGGCGGACACAAGGAGCACGUCGACACCAAGAGCGCCGCCGCCAUGUUCGAGCUGCUGCGCCGCAAGCUCAGCCACACGCACGCCUACCCGCACCUGCUGUCCAUCCUGCAGCACCUGCUGCUGCUGCCGCGUGAGUACCCUGUAGGCGGACACAAGGAGCACGUCGACACCAAGAGCGCCGCCGCCAUGUUCGAGCUGCUGCGCCGCAAGCUCAGCCACACGCACGCCUACCCGCACCUGCUGUCCAUCCUGCAGCACCUGCUGCUGCUGCCGCGUGAGUACCCUGUAGGCGGACACAAGGAGCACGUCGACACCAAGAGCGCCGCCGCCAUGUUCGAGCUGCUGCGCCGCAAGCUCAGCCACACGCACGCCUACCCGCACCUGCUGUCCAUCCUGCAGCACCUGCUGCUGCUGCCGCGUGAGUACCCUGUAGGCGGACACAAGGAGCACGUCGACACCAAGAGCGCCGCCGCCAUGUUCGAGCUGCUGCGCCGCAAGCUCAGCCACACGCACGCCUACCCGCACCUGCUGUCCAUCCUGCAGCACCUGCUGCUGCUGCCGCGUGAGUACCCUGUAGGCGGACACAAGGAGCACGUCGACACCAAGAGCGCCGCCGCCAUGUUCGAGCUGCUGCGCCGCAAGCUCAGCCACACGCACGCCUACCCGCACCUGCUGUCCAUCCUGCAGCACCUGCUGCUGCUGCCGCGUGAGUACCCUGUAGGCGGACACAAGGAGCACGUCGACACCAAGAGCGCCGCCGCCAUGUUCGAGCUGCUGCGCCGCAAGCUCAGCCACACGCACGCCUACCCGCACCUGCUGUCCAUCCUGCAGCACCUGCUGCUGCUGCCGCUGGAAUACAACCCAUAUUCCCAGCACUUCCUACUGCUGGACCGCGUGGUGCAGCAAGUGGUGCUGCAGCAGCCCAGCGCAGGCAGCCGCGCCAACAGCGAGCAGGGCAGCUUGCGGGACGUCAACACUGACCAGACCAAGGUCUACGACCCAGACGUAGCGCCUCUGGAGAUCAACGUGGGUGAAAUCGUCCAUCUCCUGGCUAAGGAGGAAGAGCUGGUGGCAGCCAGGACGAAGGCAGAAAACUUGGAGCGAGAGAACGUAGACCUGGCUACCGAACUGGCUAAGAAGGAGAAGCAAGUAGACCAGCAGUCGCAGGAGCGCGAGGAGUUGGAAGGCGUCGUGUCUCGCCUUAAGGAGCGCCUCGAGCGAGAAACGGCGGCGCAUAUGGAGUGCACUGAGAGAGCGCGCGCCGGCGCUACAAGGGCUCAUCAGCUCGAGCAGCAGCUGAACCAAGAAAGAGCGGAAAGGGCCAGGUUCGAAAAACUAGUCAGCGAAGGCAGUAUACCUGACGAUGCCAAGGUCAGCAACCUCAAGAGCGCAGUGAUAGAGACAUGCAGCGCCCCGCCGCCCCCGCCGCCGCCGGCCUUCUGCCCCCCCGCGCCGGCCCCCCCGCUAGCACCCGCCCCCCCGCCGGUACCAACCGCCCCCGCGGCCCCCGCCCCUCCCAAGCCCAAGAAGAACGUGCCCACGCCCGGAAACCCAUUGAAAAGUUUCAACUGGAGCAAACUGCCCGAUGCUAAGCUACACGGGACGAUAUGGCAGGAGUUGGAUGACACCAAACUGUAUAAUGCUAUGGAUCUACACACGAUUGACAGGAUGUUCUGCGCUUACCAGAAGAAUGGAGUGCAGAACGAGGGAUCCGUGGAGGACUUGCGCCAACUGGGAGCCAAGCCCAGAACGAAAAUAUUAUCGGUGAUUGACGGACGACGAGCCCAGAACUGCACUAUCUUACUGUCCAAGCUGAAGAUGACUGAUGAGGAGAUUUGCCGAGCGAUCCUCCGCAUGGACGCCGGCGAGCAGUUGCCCAUCGAUAUGGUGGAGCAGCUCCUCAAGUUCACACCCAGUGCUGAGGAGGCGGCGCUACUGGAGGAGCAUCAAGACGAGCUGGAUAGCAUGGCCAGGGCAGACCGGUUCCUGUACGAGAUAUCCAAAAUCCCGCACUAUUCCCAACGAGUCCGGACGCUACUCUUCAAGAAGAAGUUCUCGGCUGCGGCCGCAGAGGCCAGCGCGAGGGCUCAUACUGUACUCAGGGCUGCGAGGGACAUGACGCGGUCUAGGAGGCUCCGGGCCUUGCUGGAGAUUGUGCUGGCUUUAGGAAACUAUAUGAACAGAGGCGCACGCGGCAACGCGUCAGGCUUCCGGCUGUCGUCGCUGAACAAGCUGGCCGACACCAAGUCCAGCGUCACGCGCAAUACCACGCUGCUGCACUACUUGGUCGAGAUGCUCGAGACACAGUUCAAAGACAUCCUCCUACUCGAAGAGGACUUGCCCCACGUGCGAGCAGCAGCGAAGGUGUGCGUGGACCAGCUAGACAAGGACGUGAGCGCGCUCCGAGCCGGCCUACGGGAGGUGGCCCGCGAGCUGGACUACCACGCGGCGCUGCCCGCGCCCGCCGACCCCAACGACGCCUUCCAGAGCGUCAUGAGGGAGUUCCACGCGCAUGCUGUGUGCACCUUCACGCAGCUGGAAGACCUGUUCCAGGACAUGAAGAGCCGCCUAGAAGCGUGCGCGCACGCGUUCGGCGAAGAACCCAGCUCUUCGCCUUCGCAACUAUUCGGCGCGCUCGACGCCUUCCUCACGCAGUUGGGCGAGGCGCGCGCCGAAUGCGACGCCGCGCGCCGCCGCCGUGACGAGGAGGAGCGCCGCACGCGCCACGAGCAGGAGCUGAAAAAGCGAACAAUGGAGCGCAAGCAGGCGUCCAGCCUCCUCAGCUCCGUCGGGAAAUCCCUCGGCAAGAGUAACUCGGACUGCAACGGCCACGCCAACGGAGACUCCUCCCGUGACGGCACCCUCACUAACGGACAAAAGGGCGAGUUCGACGACCUCAUCUCGGCUCUCCGCACCGGUGACGUCUUCGGAGAUGACGUCGCCAAGUUCAAACGAUCCAGAAAAGCCUCCAAGGCCUCACACAAAGGCAGGGACUCCCCGCCCCGCGGCAUAUGCCGCGAAGACUCCCGGGAACGACAGAAGAAUUGAAAGGUUUGCUAGGUUUUAUGUGUAAACGAUCUGAAAACCUGGACAAAGUAUUCGUUAACGAAACGACUAAGUCAAGUACGAAUCUUGUGCUUCGUGCAUUCACGAAGCACUUAGUUACUUAAAUUUUUCCAUUUAAAAUUUUUGAAUGGUAACGCCAUUGUAGGUACUUUGGGAACGAAGCAACUUUUGUUGUUUAAAGACGCUGGAUAUUUUCACUUAAAGAAACAUUCGAUAAGUGGAUUUCGAAGAUCCUUGGAGAUCCCCAAGGGUGAUGCCGAACUUGUAAACCGGUCACAAACGGGGAGAUUUACGUUGAAGAAAAGGGUCUAAAUGACUUUAGUAAAAUAUACUACGUAUUAUAGUUAUUAUGGAAUGUGAUGUUUAGUAGAAGGAUAAUGACUGUUAAGAUAAUGAGUGUUAGUCAACUUUCAUAAACAUCGCUAAACUUGGCCUGCUGGCUGGUCCAAUUUAUAUGGUACGCCCAUAUUAGAACUAAUUAUCGUUUAGUUUCCCUUAGGUACUUUAUGAUCUUGUGUCAUCAAUAUAAACUUAGUGACAACGAAUCUAACGUGUAUCCGAUGCCAUUUUGUAUUACGUUUUCUUACAGAUUUAUCUCAACACUAUCACAAACUCUUGGUGCCUAAUUUUGAACUUUUCUUACUUUACAUUGAGAUUUUCGACGAUUUGGCUUUUUGCUGGCUAUCGACUGAUCAAGUCAAAGACUGUGCAUGUUAUUCCAUAGACAUAAUAAUUUAAGGGUUUUUAUUGAUAAGCGAUGUGUGAUUUGAAUAACCAUAGAGUAGAUCGUAUAGAUUUUUUUUUAUUACAAUACUUGAAUGUUAUAGAUUUCAUUGCUAGGCCGCCAUAAUACUUUUAAAACUCUUUACUUAUUACAGAAAUGUUUUUUCAUGUUCUUUUUAAUUUAAUAAUAAUCGAUUAACAUUUUAUCGAUAGCCAAAUUAUAUUCUGUGGGAUUAUGAGAGUGUAUUAUAUCAUUUAAUGUAAGAUGUAUUUACAUUGUGUAAAUUUUAAUUUUAAUAUUAUGGUGUACUACAAUUUGGCUUCUUUUUCUAAACGAAUGCAGGGCAUCUGAUGAGCAUAUCGUAUUCGGUUGUACCUUCGACACUUUUUAUUGUUAUGCCUCUUAGAUACAUAACAGUGAUGUAUGUCUAUAAAAUUUGCUAUUUAUAAUCUAUACGUAGCCUGUAAUUGGCCUAAAUACCUACUGAAAUUAAAACAUUCGGCGCAAUACUAUACUAUUGCUUAAAUAUAAAUUGAUCUUUGGUGGUCUCGUAAUAGGGCCCAAGCACUAUCACUUCAAUGUAGACAAGUGGCAAAACAAUGAAAAUUUCUGAACUAACCAAUCUCCUAGCACUAAUGGAAAUUGACGAAAAUCCUUUUGGAUCGUAACCCUAUCAUUAUUGGAUAAAACAUUGAUGAAUUGACUAUAAUUCCUAUAUUGUUGUAUCAUUAACACUAGGGUGUAGGAAUUGAUACAGACGUACCAGCAUACUGAUUUCGAAUUUUUACUACAACAUUUACUUUAUGGUAGAUGAUGUUUUUGAAAACUUUACAUUGUAAUUUUAUAUUGUAGAUCUUAUAAAAAAAUCUGUCACUAAUUUAUUUUAUUUCAUUCAUAAAAUGUGAUUAAUUAAUUAUUUUAGUUGAAUGUAAAUAUAAUUUUAAUUUGCCAAAAUUUGUUACCGAGUUGACGAGUUGAUGAGGGAAUUUUGAUAAGUUAAUGAAAUGUCUCCAAUGAAAGUUUGUCAUAUGUAAAUUUUAUUGUUUUGUUCAGUAUUGCUUAAGCGAAUAGUAUAUUAAUAUAAUUAUUAUACCUAUAGACAUUAUUUAAAUUAAAAUCCUUAAAACAAUAA